AUGGAUAUGGACAUGGACAUGUCGGGCGGUGGUGUCCCCUGGCUUGAUCAGCCUGUAAUGCUCCACUCGUCUCGUCAAGAUAAGUGCAAGUUAUCUGGUGCACAGUGUGCUUAUCGGAAUAAUCACUGGAGAUACUGGUACCAAGCCGACCAUGUAUAUGCCCUGAACACAGUGUAUUUCUGCUGUGCAGUUAUUGCGAUCUUUGCCAUCUCGAAUAUUCUCGUCAAGAUUUGUCCAGAUUGGCUCAAGAGAACUCGAGUAUGGCGGACAAUGACUUCAGUCUCCCGGUACAUGUCCUAUCGGGGGUAUCAGUUCCCGAUGCUGAAGUAUUGGUCUCCAUCUUUGGGUGUCACCAUGUUGGGUGUCGUGGGUGCAAUACUCUUCCUCGCUAUGACACUCGGACCUAAGCCCUACUACUGGCCCACCGAUGCUAGUUAUGGAAGUAGCCCACCCAUAGCGACAAGGGCAGGCUGGAUGGCUCUAGCUUUGUUGCCAUUUGUCCUAAGUGGCCUCAGUGUCAAGGCCAACAUGAUAUCUGUCCUAACUAGCAUCCCUCAUGAGAAGCUUCAAAUUUUCCAUCACUGGACCAGCUACGCCAUGUUCUUGCUUGCACUCAUCCAUACUUUCCCAUUCAUUAUAUAUCAUAUAGAUAAGGGUGAUAUGGUGAAGCAAUGGAAGACUAGUCUAGUCUACUGGACGGGCAUUGGGGCAAUUAUCCCGCAGGCCUACCUAACUAUCAUGUCGCUUCCGUUUAUUCGAAACCGAUUCUACGAGUUCUUCAAGGCUACCCAUAUGAUUGCUGCAGUUGUCUUUAUUGUCUUCUUCUUUCUUCAUUGUGACUUUCGGCUCUCUUCCUGGGACUACUUCAUCGCAAGCGGCAUCAUCUACUUCCUCUGUCUAUCAUUCUCCCAGGUGCGCACCUAUCUGAUGCAUGGCAUCCACACGGCCACACUCGAGCUACUUCCCAGCGGACUUGCCCGAGUCUCUGUUCCGACUGUCAUCAAAUGGACGCCCGGCCAGCAUGUCUUUGUGCGUUUCCUAACGCCAGAUUUGCAUCUACUUACCGCACAUCCGUUCACUAUCUCCUCUGUCUACCGCGACCCGGAUCAGGCAGGUAAAGCUCCAGAGCUCGCGUUUUACAUCAAACCCCGACGUGGGGUAACCGCUCGCCUUGCCGCGCUGGCCGCCAAGCAAACCGGAAUCACAAAGAAGAUUCUCAUCGAGGGGCCAUAUGGCGGCGUGAGCACUCAUCACAUGUCCCAAUUUGAUACGAUACUCGUCAUCGCCGGUGGAUCAGGCGGCGGCUUCUCGCUCGCGAUGGUAGAUGAAGCACUGCGGGUGUCUGGCCUUCACACCGGCGAAGACGAAUCGGGUCAAGAAAGCCGCCGACGUCUCCAAGUUGUAUUCUCGACCCGGGAUACACCAAUGGCAGACUGGUACAUCGACGAAAUUGAGUCGCGCCUCUCACAGUCCACCACCCUACCGGGCUCAGACAACGGCUUCGAGACUUCGGUCUCGGUGCACAUUACCUCAAAACCUGACCUAACUCGCUCGACCUCGACGCUAGACUCGGAGAAAGGCACCGCCGGCAAGUUACCUCCAACAGACAUCACGACAACGGGAUCGUUUAGUCUUAAUAUUUACCGGAAUGCCCGCCCUGAUAUUCCUGGCCUCGUGGCUCGAACGGUAGCUAUGGCUCACGCGAAUCCGAUGCCGAAUGGCAAGAAACAGCGGAUUGGGGUUCUUGUUUGUGGUCCCGCGUCCAUGCUUCAUGACACUCGGAACGCUGCAGCGCUGGCGCAGAAGCGGACAUUCGGUGGUGAGAUUGAAGAGCUAUAUCUACACUCAGAGUCUUUUGCGUGA